UCCGUGUAUGAACUCGUUCGCUGUACAGGCUGCCGUUUGCCCUCCGCAGAGCCGCACGGCGUGCCUGAAUUCCUGAUUGUGAAGGCACUUUUCUUCGCGAUGGAUGCGGCCGGCCGCGCCCAUACUCGGCCAUUCCUCCGAGUACCGGAGGUCAUCUCGCGGCCCCGACAGGCUGCCCGAAAGCUUGGUUUCCCAGGGACGCCUUAUGUCACGCAUUGCCGCUCGGCGCCUUCUUCUUCCAAUGUCAUCGCGGCGAGCGAUGAUGGGAUUCUUCACAUCGUGGACAAGACGAAUGGUACGGAAGUGUGGACGCACAAGUGGGAACAGGGACGGAAGGUAACGGAUCUUUGCACAGCGACUCAAGGAUGGGUGACCAGUGGCGAAGCAGGCGUUGUUGGCCUUUGGGACGGGCGGAAAGCCGGGCCGUCGAAUCAUCUUUCAUGCCCGCAUAAUCGACCUUACUUGUCUGUCGCUGCUCAGACCGCUGGCGCCGGGCCGAUCGUUGCAGCGGGGUGCGAGAUGUCGGCUGGCGAUGCGUACAUCGACAUAUGGGACCUACGAUCACCGGAAGCCCCAAUAUUCUCCUAUGUCGAAUCUCACUCAGACGACGUCACCGCCCUUUCUUUCUCUCCUUACAACCCAACGAACCUGUUGAGCGGCGCGCAAGAUGGCCUGAUUGCAGCAUAUGACCUUCUGAUAGGAGCAGAUGAAGACGACGCAGUCAUUGCAGUUGGAAACACCGGCGCCAGCUUGGCAAAGAUCGGGUGGGGAGGCGCGAAGGCGGGUCUGGGCAAGAACUUCGUCAAAGCAGGGGAAGAAGACAAAAUCGACCAGAGCGAUAUGCAGAUCGAUGGAGAGAAGCAAGCGAAUGAGAGGAAAGGCAUUGGUUGCGCCUGGGCCGUAUCGGAUAUGCAGACUGUCAGCAUCUGGGAUGCGGAUAAGUUUGAUAUGAUCCUCUCUCCAGAGGACGCUCGGCAACCAUACAGCGUUUCUCCCCCUUGGGAAAGUGACUUCGUGAUCGAUGCAUGUGACACAUCAGCGAUGGGAAUUUCUGGGCUUGAAGAUGGGGUGAUUCUGUUCACUGGAGACCCAGAGGGCGGAGCCGCUAUCAUCCACAUCGCAUCUCCGUCUUCACCAACUGCCAUACCGCCCGUAUGGAGUCUUCUUGGCCUGCUGCCCAAGAGCAGCGAAGUUUGUUCCGGUAUGGCGCAUAGCGACAUUGUACGAUGUGUUGACUUCGAUGUGUCCACUCGAACCAUCACAACUGGUGGGGAGGACGGCAGAAUUUGCAUCUGGUCACUCGAUGGAAGUGAAAUUGCAAGGGACGAGGCCGGGAGGCUGACAGCCGCACCGAUCGCCGCCCCCGAUGCCAUCGUAGGCUCCGGCUCUGUGACCGAAGGAGGCAGGGAUCGGGGCAGCCUUCUAGCGGGCUCUGGCAAGAAACGAUAUAAGCCCUACGGCUAAUCGGAAGCAAAGACAUUCAAUACCAUGUCGACUG